AUGAGUAAUAAAAUUAGGAUGGCUGGUUUAAGUCCGUUCCUUCUAGAAUCUUACAUAGAUGAAGAGACGGCCAUAUCUUUAUAUUCAAUUAUAUACAAUAGCUUGGAAUAUAUAGAAAGAGGACAAAGUCACAAAUUGAGCUUUGAAAUUUUAUAUAGGAGCUGUUAUAGAUUAACUCUAAAUAAAUAUGGAGGUAUGCUAUAUGGAGGUAUUUUAUUCUACUUGAUGAAUUACUUAAGGAUUAAAUCUACUGAAGAAGCAACACUAGAGAAGAUUUUGGAAACCUGGGAGAAGUAUGAAAUUAAUUUGUCUACUUUAAGGGACGUCUUAAUGUAUUUGGAAAAGAAUUAUGUUCUCCCAAAUACUAAAAUGUCUAUUUUCUUGACUGGAAUGUGUUUGUUUCGUCAAUUCUAUCUUGAAACUAGAACUAGAGAAGAUGGAAUGAUCAACAAUAUCUUAUAUAUUAUAGAAAUUUAUCGCACUACAGGAGAGUAUAGUGCCGAAAAAGCAACUGUAGUAAACAAGAUCCUUAAGAAGCUUUAUGAAUUACCUUCUGAAAUUGUUGAUAUCCAGCUUUUGCCUACAGAAAUGUUAGAUUCCCCUGGAUAUCAAGACUCUAAUAGUAUACAAUUAAAUAAAGAACCUUACUCUUACCCUAGUUUUGUAGUCAAAGUUCCAAGGGGAGAUUUGGGAUCAUUAAAAACAGACUUCAUUUUAUUAUUGAUAAAUUACAAGAAAUUUGGAACAACUACAAAUUUAGAAGUAGAUCAGCGAAUAGCAUAUAAAACUCUUUUUCAAGAGAAAUUUUUGAGUUACACAAUAAGCUAUUAUAAUACUAUUGUUGAAAAAUAUAUUAGUAAUGAUCAAUUAAACUUAGAAGAAUCAAGUGAAUUUCUGCAAGCAUGUGAGGAAUAUUAUUUAAAUGAGAAAAGUCUAGUAGAAAAGUAUUUGGUCACAAGUAUUUGGGAAGAUCUUAUCUCAACAUUAGAUCAUAUUUGGAUUGUACCAUUUUGUGAUAAAUUUCUGGCAAACAUCACUUCAGAUAGCUGUAUAUAUUUACAACUUAAAUUUGGCGAGCAGACUGACCUACAAAGACUAUUUCGUAUAAUGAGCCGAGUUCAGAAAUGUUUUUUAGCACUCAAAAACUCCCUUAGAAACUUUAUCAACUUAGAAUUACUAAAAUAUUUUGAUACAAAGAUUCUAAAUAAAGAAUCAAAUAGUAUUGAAUAUAUAUUUAAUAUUGAGAACUUAAAAAAUCGUUGUAAAUUUUUGCUAGAUGACUGCUUUAGAGGAUAUCCAGACUUUGCUCAGACAAUAAAUUUGGCUUUUGAAGAGUUUCUUCAAAAAAGUGAUUCAGACUUUAUUAAUAAUUGGAUUGCUAAUGGGCUUGAUAAAAUAAUACGGAAUAGUUUUAUUAACAAUAAUAUUUUGGAAGAAAAUAAAGUUUUAGACACUUUUUUAUGGCUCUUUAAAUUUAUUCCAGAUAAGGAUAUGUUUGAAAUUAUAUACCGCAGAUUAUUAUGUAGAAGAAUGCUUGAUUUUCCUGAUGCAAAAAGAGACUUGGAACAUUAUGUGCUUGUUAAAUUUAGAUCUGAAUGUGGUUUUGGAUAUAGUGUUAAAAUGGAAGGUGUAUUAGCUGAUUUAAUGCAAUCUGAACUAUUAAAUUGUCAAUACAAACAAUUUAAUUCUCCAAAUAUUAUAUCUAAAAUAGAGCCUGAGCAGAUUAAAUAUAAUAUACUAACAUCAGGAUACUGGUUAAUAGAUAAACAUGUUGAUUGUUGUAUUAGUGAAGACAUAGAAAUUGAGUUAAGUAAAUUUCUGUACUUUUUUGAAACUAAACAUGAGAGAAGGAAAUUACAGUGGAACUUCAGCAUAGGGAAAGCUCAAGUUACCAUUAACUAUCAGACUGAAGAUUUAGUCAGAUCUUGUAUAUUGGAAUGUACAACGCUCCAAAUGAUUGUUUUGUAUUAUCUCUUUAAUGAGUUUAAUUCUAUGACAUUUGGAAAAAUCCAAGAUAUACUUAAGUGUUCUGAUUUAUCUUUUUUAAAAAUGAACCUUUCUAGUCUUUGCUAUGACAAAGAAAAUUCACCUCUUCGAUAUAUUCCUAACAAAAAUAAAAAUCACAAUUAUACUACUUCCUCAAGCUUAGAUAUACUUCGAAACUCAAGUAAACAUGACAGAUUAACUUCUAAAAAUAUUUCAAGUUUACAGGAAGUGUGGUUUAUACCAGACUUUGAAAAAAUUAGCUAUGAUGAUUAUUUUGAAGUAAAUAUUAACCAAAUAUAUCAAAAGAAAACUCAAGAUAUAAUAUACUUAGCACCUCUUGAAUAUAUUUCAAACAAGACCGAUGAGUCUAAGAAAACAGAAGAUAUAUUCUCUAAGAGAAUUAAUGAAGACCGUAGCCACUUAAUUGAUUCAGCUAUUAUAAAAGUACUUAAAAAGCACAAAUCUCUACAUACUGAUGACAUUGUAUCAAAAGUAAUGACUAUGACUGAAGUAUUUCAACCUACCAAAGGUUUUAUUUUAUCUAGAGUUACAUCUUUAUCUGAGAGAGACUUUAUCGCUACAAAUCCUGACUCACCCUACAUCUAUAAUUAUAUACCUUAA